AUGGGGGCCCCAUGGGGGCCAGGCGGUCAGUCGGAGGAUGGCUCACUCGACUGUCUACUCGUGUCUGCCCGGAUUUCGCGAUUUUUCGUCCAUUGCAGCGGCACUGCUCCGCAGCAAGGAGGUUUUCCGCCUCCUGAGCCGUGUGCCCUCAGGAGAGGGCGCACUUCCUUCGAGAAGCUCGCCAAGAGACCAAGAGGCCUCCGACGUCUGAACAGAGCAGAGACAUUAGCAUUAGCUGCAGCCUCUGGGAUUCCUGCCCCUCCCACAGUUGAUCCAGCGACUGGCCAUGAGCUCAGUACCGGCGUGCUUUGGGAGAUGGAGGGGACCCCCAAAGCCAGAUGGCCUUCUUCACUCAGCGAAAUAGCAAUCUCUUCCCGCCAAGCUUCUUGCGAUACAACUGGAACUGCAGCCCCUAGUGUAGCUACAGCAUCAGGAGCGACAACCAAUGGCAGCACUCCCUCCAGCCGCCUGCGACUGACACUCACCCUGAGUAACAACCAUGUAUAUGCCUGCAUCACAGACAAGUCCCGCCAGCACACAUUCGCCUUCGCCUCUUCACGAGACAACGCUCUCAAGGAUUCCCUCCCUUUGGUCAAGAGGAAGAAGGGAUUAGUGGCAAGGCCACAUGGAGGCACGCUGCGAGCAGCAGCUGCCGUGGGGGCCCUUGUAGCCGCCCGAGGCCUAAAGGCGGGAAUUAAUAAAGUGUAUUUUGAUAGAAAAAAAUACAGAUAUGCCGGAAGGGUCGCUGCACUGGCAGACGCAGCUAGAAGCGCGGGACUAGAGUUUUAG